AUGUUCCACGCCAUUGACGAAAUGAUGCAGAGAUUCCAGGUUAAGUACAUUGAUGGAUGGAGACCAUCUUUCAUUUCUUUGACAGACCAACUGUUGAUGACAUUAAUGAAAAUAACUAUGAACACCCCUCUUUUGGACCUUGCAGAGAGAUUCAACACCAGUGCAUCAUCAGUUAAUAACAUUGUAACUUCUCAAAUUUGUGCUAUGCAUGAGGUUUUAUAUGAAGGACUCAUAGAGAGUCGCAUUCCAUCUCUACAAAAAUGCAAGGGAUCUAUGCCUACCAGUUUUGGCGAUUUUAGCUCAUGCAGAAUAGUACUCGAUGCCACUGAAAUCAACCAAGAUGUUCCUGGGAAUGACAUGAGAUUGCAGGCCAGCACAUACAGUGGCUACAAAAAUUCCAAUACUGUAAAAAGUGUUACAGGUGUUGCACCAAAUGGUGCCUUGGUGUUUAUUAGUAAAUUGUACCCAGGGAGCACAUCUGAUGUUGCAAUUGUAGAGCACAGCAAAAUUUUACAGCAAUUAGCGCCCGGUGACAUGAUAUUAGCAGAUAAAGGGUUUACUAUUCACAAGUUGUUGCCCCAAGGAGUACACCUUAAUAUUCCUCCCUUCCUUACAGCUAAAUCGCAGUACACCCCCAGUGAAGUUCAGCUUUGUAGAACAAGAGGCCCACAGGCCUUGACGGUCACCUGA